CAGUGAAUGUAAAUUGCACCAUAUUGAUAUAGCUAAUAUGGUAUAUCAGGCCCACUCCAAGGACUAUGCAAAUAGAUUUUAGAGUCUUCAACAUUUUGCCUGGCACAGCUUCUCAAAAUAGUUAUGGUAUUUGCAAAAAUGACACACGAUCAUAAACUUGCUUUUAGUAUUAUUACCUUCAUUUCAGUUUAGUGUUUGACUGUACUACACCCCCAGUACAGCAGGCGGCAGUAGGCUCCAAUUUUAAUUGUAAAACAUUUACUGAAGAAGAGAUUUGUAUUUCGGAAGUACGCUUUCGUCCACCGGAAGUUUAGAGUUAAGAUGGCGCUGGACGGAAUGGACCAUCAUAUGGAGAUGGAGGACAGUAAAGGUGGUUCUGGUCUCCGGCAAUACUACCUGUCUAAAAUAGAAGAGUUACAGUUGACAGUGAAUGACAAAAGUCAGAAUCUCAGACGUCUACAGGCUCAGAGGAAUGAACUCAAUGCAAAAGUGCGUCUCCUUCGUGAGGAGCUGCAGUUGCUACAGGAGCAAGGUUCAUAUGUUGGAGAGGUGGUGAGGGCCAUGGACAAAAAGAAAGUGCUGGUCAAGGUCCAUCCAGAGGGGAAAUUUGUGGUGGAUGUGGAUAAGAACAUUGACAUCAAUGAUGUGACUCCAAAUUGCCGUGUGGCGCUGCGCAACGACAGCUACACCCUACACAAGAUCUUGCCCAACAAGGUGGACCCGCUGGUCUCGCUCAUGAUGGUGGAGAAGGUACCUGACUCCACCUACGAGAUGAUUGGUGGUCUGGACAAGCAGAUCAAGGAGAUCAAGGAAGUGAUCGAGCUGCCAGUCAAGCACCCAGAGCUCUUCGAGGCUCUCGGCAUUGCACAGCCCAAGGGCGUGCUGCUGUACGGACCCCCAGGCACAGGGAAGACCCUGCUGGCCAGAGCCGUGGCCCACCACACCGACUGCACCUUUAUCAGGGUUUCUGGCUCGGAGCUGGUGCAGAAGUUUAUUGGGGAGGGUGCCCGCAUGGUGCGCGAGCUGUUCGUCAUGGCCCGUGAGCAUGCGCCCUCUAUCAUCUUCAUGGACGAGAUUGACUCGAUCGGCUCCUCACGUCUGGAGGGGGGCAGCGGGGGCGACAGCGAGGUGCAGAGGACCAUGCUGGAGCUGCUGAACCAGCUGGAUGGCUUCGAGGCCACCAAGAACAUCAAAGUCAUCAUGGCCACCAACCGUAUUGACAUCCUGGACUCUGCCCUGCUCCGGCCCGGCCGCAUCGACAGGAAAAUAGAGUUCCCUCCUCCCAAUGAAGAGGCUCGUUUGGACAUCCUGAAGAUCCACUCAAGGAAGAUGAACCUGACGCGUGGUAUUAACCUAAGGAAGAUUGCAGAGCUGAUGCCAGGAGCCUCCGGGGCUGAGGUUAAGGGUGUGUGCACAGAGUCCGGGAUGUACGCCCUCAGGGAGAGGAGAGUGCACGUCAACCAGGAGGACUUUGAGAUGGCUGUUGCCAAGGUUAUGCAGAAGGACAGCGAGAAGAACAUGUCCAUUAAGAAACUCUGGAAGUAGAACUUUGGAUUUUUUUUGGACCCCAACGCAGAUAUUUACCCGCAAAGUCACAUAUGUAUAUUUUUCUUCUUUUGUUUAGGGUUGGUUUAUAAUUGUUACCUAGUUCAUUCUAAAAAAUAAAUUGUCUCCCCACUGAGAAACAAGUCCCCCAUUUUUUUUCUUCUCCUGUACCCUGGUUCCAGAUCUGUUGUGCUGUAUACCUAACAAGACCAUAGGGGGUUGGCUAAACAGCACAAACUGAUCUGGGAUUAGGCUACCUCUCCUGAGUCUUGAAUAUGAUAAGCAUUGCGUAAGUCAAGACCAGAGGGGUAUACUACAAACAGGAUCAAUGAGUUGGCCAGAUGACUUUGAUAAACAACCAGUAACAGUACGUGGGUAAAAUAACUGAGGAAGCCAAGCCAGU